AUCAAAACAAAAUAGUUUUUUUUUUAGUGACCCCAAUGCGUGGAUCGCCAAAUUGACAUAACAAACACAUAACUCGUUCCGAGUUUCACUCAACUAAUGCCAGUUUCUUGAGUGAAUGAGCAGAGCUUUUCACGCUGAUCGCCACUCGAAAACAAGUUGCGAAUGUGGAGCGUGCUGAAAACAAACCCGAAACUAAUUUCAGUUGUUCAGCGUCUGCCAAACGGUUCAAACCGAAAACGAUUUGAAUACAUUUUCCAAAUAUUAAAGUUUGUUCAAAACCCACCAAAUAUGCUGAAACAAGUGAUUUUCGUGCUCCUCAUCGCCGUGUGCACAAUGCACAGUGCAUCGGCCAUCAAGUGUUAUCAGUGCAAAUCCCUCACGGAUCCCAACUGCGCCAAGGACAAGAUCGAUUCUGCCUCUAACAUCCGCGCCGUGGAUUGCGACAGUGUGCCCAAGCCCAACACCAUGGAGCAACUGCAGCCAGUGACCAGGUGCAACAAGGUGGUCACCAGCGACCGCGCUGGAACGAUUGUGUCCCGCGACUGCCACUUCGAGUCCAUCGGGCAGAAGGACAACGAAUGCACGGUGACCCACAGCCGGCAGGUGGAGAGCUGCUACACCUGCAAGGGUGACCUGUGCAACGCAUCCGGAGCAGGCCGCUUUGUGGCGGUCAGUGCAACGGCUCUCCUGGCGAUCCUCGCCCUCAACUUGAGCCUGUGAUGCCGCACCAAAUCCGGUCCAGAAAUGCAUUAAAUAAGUGUGAAAAACAUACCUGUACAAAGGAGAAAUGUAAAUGUUAACUAUAAUAUUGAUCAAAAUAAAGUAAAUCAAACU